AGGCCGGGGGGGCGGGGCUUGUUGCUACGUCGCGCGGCUACGUGCUCACGCAAACUUGCGCGGCGUCACGUGGGUGCUGGCGAUGGCGGCGGCGGCGGGGGAUCCUGGGGCGGGGGGCGCCGCCGAGGAGGCGUUUCUCACCUUUUACAGCGAGGUAAAGCAAAUUGAGAAACGAGAUUCUGUCUUAACAUCCAAAAACCAAAUCGACAGGCUGACCCGACCUGGAUCUUCCUAUUUCAACUUGAACCCUUUUGAGGUGCUGCAGGUGGAUCCUGAAGCCACAGAUGAAGAGAUAAAGAAAAGAUUCCGGCAGUUGUCAAUUUUGGUGCAUCCAGACAAAAAUCAAGAUGAUGCAGACAGAGCCCAGAAGGCAUUUGAAGCCGUAGAUAAAGCGUACAAGUUGCUGCUGGAUCAGGAGCAAAAGAAGAGGGCCUUGGAUGUGAUACAGGCAGGAAAAGAAUACGUGGAACACACGGUGAAAGAAAAAAAGAAGCAGUUGAAGAAGGACGGAAAACCUCCCACUGUAGAAGAGGAUGAUCCUGAAGUUUUCAAACAAGCCGUAUACAAGCAGACAAUGAAGCUCUUUGCUGAACUGGAAAUUAAGAGGAAAGAAAGAGAAGCUAAAGAAAUGCACGAAAGGAAGCGGCAGAGGGAAGAGGAAAUUGAGGCACAAGAGAAAGCCAAACGAGAGCGAGAAUGGCAGAAGAACUUUGAGGAAAGUCGGGAUGGCCGUGUGGACAGCUGGAGGAAUUUCCAGGCCAAUACAAAGGGGAAGAAAGAAAAGAAAAACAGGACCUUCCUGAGACCUCCCAAAGUAAAAAUGGAGCAGCGCGAAUGAUCCGGGCGGCACUGCCCAAGUGCGGCUCCUCAGUCCCCUCCCUGCUUUUAAGGACUCAUUGGCACCUAGAGUAAGAAUUGCUUUUUCGUAGACUGUUUGUUUCCAGUACGAUUAAUUAAUUGGUCAAAGUAUUUUUUGUACUCUGUCCCUUUGAACUAGGGCCAUAGUAUGAACGCGGCCAGGAACCCGCUACACGUAGAGCACUUGGCCGUUAUCGCUGUCCUGUCUGUCUGCUGCCCCGUAACUCGGUGUUUUGUACCUCACAGAGAUUGUGCUGUUUCCACUUCCAUUUGUAGCCUGAGAGCUGAACAGAAUAUCAGAGGUGGAUCUGUACCUUGCUGGGCAUUGUCUUUCUUGGCGCGUUCAGCUUCAGAAAGCUCUGAACUCACUGGGAACAUGCUUCCAGCACGGUGCAGUGCAGCCAGAAGUCCUCACUGCUCUGAGUGGUGCUUGGAAGGACCUUCCCUGAGCCCUGAUUUCCAAACGAACCCCCAGCUCUCAGGCUUAGCCUUCUGUUAAUCUCAGACCAGCUGGUCACUUCCUGUAAGGAAAAAGAUCACUUCUCUUGAUUCAUAGUUAAGUUGCGAUGGUCUGUAUGUAAAAUAAAUUUUUACCCAAGUUA